CUUUCAUCGUUCAAAGGUCAUCCAUAGAUUAUAGUCGCACUGGUUUUUAUCUGAGCUUCUAAAUCAACUUGAAGGUGCAGUAUUUGCAAGGAGAGUUUGAAUACUACUCAAACAUCUGUCGUUUGCAUUAAUAUGCGCCAUGUUCGAUUUUUGUCUCAAUGGCAAUUUUACCUUGAUCCUGAAGUUAACAUCCCUAUAAACUUUUUUUUUACAAGAGCCUUUUUGGGGUAUGUUGAGUUGUACUUCUAAAAUUCUAUAUAGAGACCGCUUCAAAGGUUUUCGAACGUGUAGUGAAUUAUCAAAAAAGGACCAAGAUUUCAACAACGCAGAUAGUUCUAAUCAUGUAUCUAAAUUCCCCGAGAAGAAAAAUGUGAAUCGACAAAGCGAACGUAACAUUAUUGAGACAGUUCCCACAAUCGUAUCCAAGCAUAUAGUUUUUUCUGAUUCCGAAGAAAACGAUAAGCAGCCAUUUGCGAUCGCCUCAGAAGAAGAAAAACACCUAAUCGACAAUACUGACGUAAAUUGCUCAUCGAUCAAGCCUCUGCAAUCAAGAAAGUAUUUUACAUCUGUCUCCUACACCUUAAAACAUUUGCUUCAUUCUGACUCGGUUAUAUCGGAGAGUGACUCAUCAUCUGAUUCAAACCAUGAACUCAAAACUCAAAAUUUCGUACUUCCAACUGCUAGUUCUCAAGCGACUAAAAGAACUAUUCCAAAUGUUCUCUCCUUCAGUAGUUCAAAAAGUAAUACCAGUGUUGUUAGUAGCGAUGUCGAUGAGUUAUGUAAAAUGUUGGACGAAAUGCAACAAUUGGGUCUUCCUACUAGCUUUGGUUGUGUAUGUUACGUAUAUUUAUUAUCAACUAAUCAAACUUACUUAGCCACAUAAACAAAAGUUAGUGAAUCCGGAGUCUGCAAAGUAAUUAAAUUAAAUCUCCAAAGUUUUGAGCUCUUUAUAAGUAAAAUAAUUACCUGUUUCUAUUUUAAAAUGCAGUGGUUUUACUUUAUAAUUUUUAAUAAGGUAAAAUAGUGUCUAACCCUUGAAAUGACAUGAUGUUUUAGUCUUGUGAUACUUGUACUUAUUAGCUAGUAAAAAGUAUAUUUGUGGAAGUCGGGUUGUUACUCGGUGAUCUGAUUAUUCAGUUGUCACUCGUUGACUGAUAGGUUUGAACUUCGCUUCCCUUAGUUUUCACAGCAGGGCUGUAUGUAUUUAGGUACUUAGAUAUGAGCCACGCUCUAAACGUGAGGACUAAUGAUACUACUCGGUUGCUCAAAUUAAAGUAGGGCGAGUGAGGCUCAGACCUUGGAAUUAGUAGGUGAAAAACCGAACACCGAAACCAAUUAGACGCCGCAGGGUAGUAUCUGCAAUCCUUAUUAAACAGUUGUGAUUCAGUACUUAAUAUACAAUAUUGGACUUGGUUGCUAAUCCGCCUUGUAUUUUUUGGUUCUUUAUGUGUGAUGGAUUCUAAACAUUACAAUUAUGUUUGUGUUAAAUAAUCCUCUAACAUCACUCAAGACCACUGUAUUCAUAAUCAACCUCCAUCUUCAAUUCCUAUUAUUCCUCCUACAUCGACUUUCACCUCUAAACUUCCUCUUUCGGCUUCCCCAUCAAGUGUCACCACAGCCAACGAUUCUAGUGCGCAAAACACUGUCCCAGGUCUACUGAAACCUCACUCCAAACUACACAUUGGAACCUUCAACGUACGCACCCUGCGUCAAAUCGUUCAACAGGCUUCCCUGACUAGAAUCUCGUACCAUUGAUGUAUGCUGUGUCUCUGAAACACGAGUACAAGAUCCCAGUGUGGUCAUUCACUUGACCUCACCUCGGCAAAACGGAGAGCCAACGAGAUACACCCUCCGUGUAUCUGGUGACCCGAGGGCCAGCUCUCGUAGACUGGCAGGAGUAGGGAUAGCACUAAGCAUGAGGGCGGAACAAGCACUGUUAGAGUAGAUCCCUGUUAACAGUCGUUUAUGUGCUGUUGGGCUAAACGGCUCCGUAAGAACUCGGAAGGAUAGGGACACACGUCGUUGCCUUUUUGUCGUUUCUGCCUACGCUCCCACCGACUGCAGCUCAGAUGAAGUGAAAGAUGAAUUUUACAUAAAGCUAUCUGAACUUCUUCAGAAAGCUAAACGUUCAGAUAUAGUACUCGUAGCAGGUGACUUUAAUGUCCAGAUAGGUAGGUUAAACCAAACAGAAAGGCAUUUAGGUGGGUAUUUUAGUAUUCCGGUACAACGAACAGAUAAUGGUGAUCGUCUGCUGCAACUGUGCUCAGACAAUCGUUUAUUUUUAGAAAACACAAAUUUUAAGCAUAAGGAGAGACAUCGUCUAACAUGGCAACCCUCUACACCAAACCAACGAUGGACUCGAAUAGACCAUAUUGCCAUCAGUCAUCGUUGGAGAGGGUCGGUAGAAGGUUGUCGCUCAUUCUGGAGUACCUGCUUGGACUCCGAUCAUGCCCUAAUACGGGCACGCAUCUGCUUGGGCCUCACUGGACUCAAAAAAGCCUCAUUAAAAAGACCCAUUAGAACUGAAUUGAGUAGCGAGAAAACCAAAAGUAGGUCCCAGGAACAACUGAGGUCACAAUUAGGUAGUUCUGAAAACGAGGUUGACCCAGAUGUUGCUUGGAAAGCUAUACAAACAGCUGUGGAAACAGCAGUGACAUCUAUCAGUGAUUUAAACCACAGGAUUACAAAGAACUAAUGGAUUUCCUCGAGGUCUAUUGCACUGAUGGAUUCUUGUAAACUCAUCCCAUCAGGCUCUGAACACGAUGAAGAGCGAAAACAAAUCAGAUCUAGGUUAAGCAAAAGUCUAAGGAACGACCGUGAGCAGUGGUGGGCAACGAAAGCAAAAGAGAUGGAAAAGGCGGCGACUAUAGGGAACACAAGACAGCUCUACAGACUAAUAAAAGAAACUGGAAUUAAUAAGUCAAGUGUAAGUCAGACUAAUUCGGAAAAUGACGACACCCCCAUCUGCUCCCAGUCCAGAUGUUUAGAACUAUGGGCGGAACAUUUCAGAGAACAGUUCAGCUGGCCUUCAGCUACUAUACAACUCCCCCCAUCCCCAGACAGUGUGAAUGGAACAUUAAAGUAGGUCCCCCAACUCUGGCAGAAGUCCGAAAGGCUAUAGUUAAUCUGAAACGAGGAAGGGCAGAUGGAUUAGCUCCAGAGGUCUUUAAGUAUAGUGGUUCAAUUUUAGCAAUUAGGUUGAUUAAUAUCUUAGCUAAAAUCUGGGAGUUGGACGUAAUCCCAUCUGACUGGUCACAAUCACUGAUUGUCCCAACAUAUAAGAAAGGGUCAAAGUCAUCCUGUGACAACCGUAGAAGGAUUAGUCUGAUUAAUAUAACAUGUAAAAUACUAGCCUCGAUAAUUAUCGGGCGCCUAACAAAGAUUCAUGGACUACAAACACGAGAAAACGAGGCUGGCUUCAGACCUGGUCGUGGCUGCAUCGACCAUGUAUUCGCUAUUCGUCAGGUUUUUAGAACACAGGCAUUAUUAUCGGCGUCCGACAACGGUGGCCCUUCUUGACUUAAAAGCAGCAUUUAACUCUGUAGGCCGAGAGAUUCUGUGGCAGUGUUUGUCACUGAAAGGCGUACCUCAGAAGUACAUAAACCUUGUGAAGGCUCUUUACUCGAACACUACCAGUCGAAUCAGAGCUUAUGGCAAACUCAUCUGCUUUUGCAACCUCAAAUGGUGUCCGUCAAGGCUGUCCACUUUCUCCAUUUUUGUUUAACUUCAUCAUAGACCUACUGAUGGAAAUAACAUUCUUGUCUACUGAAUUCUCGGGUAUUGAUCUCCUUCCAGGAGGCCCACUUAUCGACUUAGAAUACGCAGAUGACAUAUUCCUGUUUGGUGAAGAUGCUGAUAAAAUGCAGUCUUCUGGUAGCACUAAGCAAUCAUGCCAGAAUGUUUGGAAUGCUCUUCUCUCACUCUAAAUGCAAGUUGUUACUUCAGGACUGGUCUGCGUCAACACCUGAACUAAGGAUAGGAAGUGGAGUAGUCGAACGCGUUGACAACUUCACUUAUGUUGGGAGUCUGAUCAGCCCUAAUGGGCUGGUGUCUGACGAAAUCUCAGCACGGAUUCGAAAAGUUCGUUUGGAUUUUGCCAACUUUUGUCACCUAUGGCGAAGGCGAGAUAUCCGUGUGUUCUGUUCUGUUCUUAUUUACGGCUGAGAAACGUGAACAUUAAGAGUUGAAGAUACCCGUAAGCUACUAGUAUUUGACCACAGAUGUCUUAGAAAUAUUACUGGCAUCUUCUGGGAUCUCCGGGUCAAUAAUAGUGAGGUCAGACGCAUGGUAUUAGGGAAUGAUGGUAAAUCAGUUGAUGAGGUUGUGAAUCUUCAUCGACUGAGAUGGUUGGGCCACGUAUUACGUAUGCCUGAACACCGAUUACCACGACGCGCAAUGCUGGCUAGUAUUGGGGAUGGUUGGAAGAAAGUUAGUGGCGACCAAACCAAAACGUGGUAUCAGUGCUUGAAGUCACUAACUUCUAGUGUGAGCCAUGUUGGUAGAUACAGACUACUUGGUUGGGUUCCACGUGACAAUCGUAACCAAUGGUUGGAGACUCUUGGUGACAUGGCUCAGAAUCGAUCACAAUGGCGUCGGUGUAUACACUCUCUGUCUUCCCUUAAACUAAGAGAUUAAAAUCGCUUCAUAUCUUUUUUCUACGAACUAAUUCUUCCUUCUUGUACUAUAUCCUUAUUGCAAUCCUUCUUUUAUAUAUUACCACCUCUGAAUUAACUACUUUUAUGAAUCCGGUGUCCAUCUUGUUGUGUUAAUGAGGUAUGGCAACUUGGACCGAUGCAUAUAUGUGCUUGGUCUUACGUUGUAGCUGACUGACUGACUAGAUAAUCCUGAAAAUUGUUUACAUCCCAUCAUUAAUCAGUGAUAUCUGCUACUUAACAGUUCAAUCUUUAUUUGGGUUCUAGCUUCUGACUAAUUGUCUUAAAUUAGUCCCUAACCUAUGAACCACAGCUCUGAAAGAUGAACGGUUAACGCUAUUAGUUGUUAGGUUAGCUUGUUCUAUUUGAUAUCCCUUUUACUAGUAAAUUCUAAACUUGAAUAAGAUUUAUGGCAAUCAACUAUGACUCGUUUUCGUGAAUGAAUCGAUCCACUAGGAUUUCGAGCAUUUAACGCUUCGUUUUUAUUUGUUUUACGUUGUUGGAGAUUUUGUGAUGCAGUCAUAUUAGUAUAUUCAUUUAUCCUAAUCCAAUUCCAAAUCCAGCUAGGCGUAAGAUUUAGCUUUUAUGUCUGUUUCGGUUGGCAUCAGAAAUACGAACAUCGUAUCAUACAAGUAAAACGUUUUACAAACGAUAAGGUUAGUUUUUGUGGUUUUAAGAUUUGUUGUAGUACUGUAGGAGAUAUGAGUACUGUGCAUAUCCCGUGACAAGCAAGGGCGGCGACUAUUCAAGUCGAUGUUUCUGUCUUCAAGGUACUUAUAAUCAUACACUAAUUUUUUCGAGUAAUGUAAGUGAAAUGAAUCUAGAAUUAGUUCCAUAUUAGCAGUGUUUGUAGCUUUUAGCACAAAAAACUUAUCAAAAGAGAAAGAUAGCCAUUUCAUAGUCACAAAACACUAUUUAUUGAAAAUUAAGUACCAAAAGUUAUAUUUCUAAACCAUACUCACUGCAAAAACCAAUCUAUGUAAGGUCACCGGUUUUUGCACCGUUCUUCUGUGUAACUUGCUGAAAAAAUAUCGACUGAUUCCCGAAAUUUCACUUCGAUAUAUUUUCAAUCAAAAUGACUAUUUUAAUAUGGCUUUUACUUCGGUUCAGGAAAUGCAUGAGAAUUAAUAUCCUUGACACAAAAAGUAUGUCUCACACCCCAAUAUACGCACUUGUACUUCCUUACCAACUUGCAUUAUAUAGUUUAUAAGCGGCAUAUGUUUGUAAGCUCAUUAUUUUUCUUAAUACAUAAAAUUGCUUAUCACCAAGGUCUGAAGAUAUUUUAUUCGAUUACUAUGACGAUGAGGAAGUGGACCAAUGGUUGCUAGUAUUUGCGAGCCGAUGUAAAGAUAAUACUGCACAAAGAAAACAGAGGAGUAUUGUGCGUCAUUGUCUGUCAGAUCUUGAUCUUGAAUCUGUUCGGUUUUCUGGAUCAUUAUUUAUGAGUUCAUCUAGAGAAUUAAAAAGUUUGAUCGAUCCAUACAUUUGUGCAGGUUCAGUUUUUUCAAGAAUGUGUUAUGUACUGGAGAUGGUUUGUGUGUUUACCAAUGAACAUAAUGGCAAUAAUAGUUAUCGCGUACUCAACUCAUGGGAACUGAAUCUGCCUCGUUGCUGGAAUUCGCCAACAUUCAACUUAGAGGCCCUUUUAUACAACUGUCGCUUCUUUUGGCGUUAUAAUCCACCUGUACCUAAAUUAGCAUGUGAGUCCAAACAGCUGAUGUGCAUUACCUUUGACCCUUCAAUGGAUAAAUAUUGGGCUCAAAGAUUUCGUCUAUUCUCUCGUUUUGAUUCUGGGAUUCAGGUCGAUUGUGGUAAGUUCAUUUUGAUCAAUUAGUUUUACUAUACUCAACCAAAAUAAGUAAACGAUGACCCGAGAAUGCAUAAUAUUGAUUCAUACGGCAAUCAUUUACUUAUUAUUUAUUUACUAACCUAUGUAGAUUCAUUAUUCAGUGCUACUCCUGAAGUAAUUGCUGCUCACCAGGCCAAACGUAUAUAUCGAGUUUUUACGCCUUGGACAAAAGGAAGUUACACAGUCUUGGAUAUUUUCUGUGGUACUGGAUCAAAUGCUAUACAAUUCGCGUUACGUGGAUUUCGAGUGAUUGCGAUUGAAUCCGAUCCAAUUCGUAUUUCAAUGGCUGCAAAUAAUGCGGAAAUUUAUGGCGUUCGCCAUCUUAUUGAGUUUGUUUGUGAAGAUUAUUUUACUUGGGCAUGGAAGCAGAUUCAGUCAAAUUUCGUUUCUCAAUCCGCUUUGACCAACAACGUUGGAUAUACUGCUGCUCUAAUGUCACCACCAUGGGGCGGACCUAGUUAUUUAGAACAUGAAAGUUUUAACUUAUCGAGUAUAAAAUUUCAAAAUUCCAACACAAAUUUAUGGUGUGCUUUGUAUUUAGCUCUGGUGCUGACCAAUGGGAAUGUAGCGUUGUUUUUGCCUCGUAAUACAAAUAUGGCAGAUUUUCUGGAAAUUUCAGCUAAAUGUAUUAGAGAAAUUAAAAUGGAUUCGUUAGACAUUGAAUUCGAAUUGAACUUGAUUAAUUUCAAAAGCAAAGCUUUGACCGUUUAUUUUGGUACCUUGGCAAAUGCUAACAGAAGGACAACAGAUACAAAAUCUGAUCAUUCAGACGAAUCAGAUUACCUUAGUUAAUGUGAUCUUGAUAAGACAUUUUUGUAAAUAAUCUUAAUUUAUAAGAUUCGGUUUUUUUAUAUGACUUUUGUAUCGGGACUUUCUUCCAAGAUAUAAAUAUGUGUGGUUGGUAGGAUCUUUGAAUGAAUAAAUUUUAAUUGUAUAUGGUUUGUUGAUUUAGCUAUUCAGUGUAUUGUAUUUUCUGUUGUAUUAUGAUAAGAUAAAAUAUAAAAUUAUUCAUUUUUUGCAUUGAGAAAUAUCUGGGUUUCUGUUAUCCCUUUAUCACCUCUUCUAUGCACGCGUUGGCUCUGUUUUAUCUGAGGUCUUACUGCUAAUACUUGAAAAUGGGAACCACUAUAAUUCCCAGAGCACAAAAUACUUGUGCAAUAAAGAUUUAUUGACUUUCCUAAAACAAGUCAUCCAAAUUCACAUUUUCGUUAAAUCAAAUACCCUCAUUUAUAUAUUUAUAUUGCACAUACUUGGUGAUUAGUUAAUAAACAUCAUAUGAAUGGAGAAAAUACACAGAGUUAUUGUAAAACACAAACUCAGUUCACCUAGAAUAAUGCGAAUAAUGUGAUUGUCACACUAGGUGAAAUUUCACUUUCCUAGUUUUAUCAGUGUGGCCAGGAAUGACAAUUUAUGGAAAGUGGUUGUUGAGUACAAGUUGGACACUUUCAAUUCAGUGACUCUGCUUGGUUAUGAUAGUUUCUACCAUUUAGGAAUAAUCCUUUAGCUGCAUUUAUUUAUUGCCAAGCAGUAACAGUGCUGCUCUCAUCGGAUACAGAAUGCUUCAUCCUCAGGUAUGUGGUGGAUAACCUAACUCGUACUGUCUAAUUGUGAAUGUGUGAUGCUUGUGCAGAGCUCAAUACUGAUUUUCACCCGUUAUCUCUAGGAAUAUUUACCAUCAGUGAUAGAUGCAGCGUAAGAUUUUCUGUUGCGUAAACUUGAGGUUCGUCUGUUUAGACAAAUAAUAUGAAACUAUGUUUCUGAUCACCAGUGUCUUCUGAAAAGUGCUCCUUUGUCAUAAGCUACACAAUUAACGGUGAAGUUAAGUGUAGAGAGACUGGGGAAAAACGAAGCUAGUCAGUGGUAUUGUGAAUAUUCUUCAAUAGAAAUAACAGGUAUUAGUCACCCAGCCGCGUGGCUAACUUACAGCAUGCAGUAUUAUCUGAAGUAGAAGUAAAUCAGAAAAAGAUAUCAACUCACAGAAACACUGACUUUCGUUGUGAGCUAUGUUCGUAUAUUAGCUGAAUUCUGUCAGGUUGCAUAACUUGGUGGCAACAGUCGUUAGACAAUGCUGCAUAGAGUAGAUAGACACUUUUAAAUGUUGAGAAUAUUUUUCCUUGUUUCUUUAGUCGUUUGCGGCGCUGUAUUUUCCAAAGAUGUUUACUGAUUCAUCCUGAGCUCCUGGAUACUCUAGAUGACAGUGGCAGAAACGUAUACCUUCUUUAUCUUCUGAAUAUCGUAGAUUCUGUUACUGAUCACAUAUAUCCUGUUGCCGACCACUGCCCUUUUCCUACUAUCUUUAUUUUUACUAUUGCCAAACAUGGAAAUAUUGCCUGUCUCGGUUUAUGGUUUUCUGUGCUCGCUAGACGAUUAAAAGUGUAAUAAUUCAUAAAUUAUCACAUUUGAUUUUACUUUGUAUAGCUCUCUGUUUCGCUAUACUAGGUUACAAAACAUCUUGAAUUUAGAUUUUCUUCAUGUUGAUCCUGAUGGUCGUGAAUAUUUUCGGUUACCAGUUGUUAGUGCUUUCCUGCAACAUUUUCCUGGAAGUUAGUCAUUUUGCUUAUCUUAUGAUUUGUCAAAGAUAUAAUAUCCGUUUUACAUCAUACAUGUUAGUUGGUUUUUAGUGGUUAUGUCUAUGAUAAAUUGUCUCUGCAAUAGCGAAACAACCAGGCCGGAAGUUUUUUCGGCAAAAUUUUUCAGUUUCAAAAGAUCAAGUGCGAAUUCGAAGCUUACACUUGUCCUGAUUGUAAGGAGUAAAGUAUGUAUGAAAUUGUUUCCUUUGCAGGUUGGUCGACGUCGG